GAAAGGUCACAAGAUCACGGCAAAGAUGGCAGCCUCCAUAGUGGAGCAUGGAGAAGAUGCUUUUAGAAAAUUGUUCAAGUUUUACAAGAGGCGAAGUCCUCCUCCAGACUUCAGUGACGUGCUUAAUUUCUCCAAACCUUUUAAUGACAAGGCGAGUCAUUCAGUUUUGACGAAUAUUUCCGUUUUUGCCUGUGAACUUAACUCCACUUCUGUAAGCGAGGAAGAUGUUUCCAAAGCUGGUCUUCAGCCGGUAAAAGACUGGAGGGCAUUUGGUCUUCAUGGAUAUCCAGGGUUUAUCUUUAUAUCCAACCCAUUCCUGCCGGGUUCUCAGCAGUACUGGGUAAAGCAGGGUUUGAAGAUCUAUCCACAGAAACCCAACGUGUGUAACCUGGAUAUGCAUAUGUCACCUGUGGAGACUGAAAACAUCUGGGAAAAAAGUAUAGAUGUUAUUCGGAGGAAAGGCUGUGGGAAAAGAGAGCCCAAAACUCUGCUAGAAAAACUGCGCUGGGUAACACUGGGUUACCACUAUGAUUGGAACUCCAAGACUUACUCUCCAGACCACUACACUCCCUUCCCCAAGGAACUUCACUCGCUUUCUCACAAAGUGGCAGCAGCCUGUGGCUUUCCUGGUUUCAAUGCAGAGGCGGGCAUUCUCAACUACUACCGAUCUGAUUCCUCGCUUGGAAUCCAUGUUGACGAAUCAGAGCUCGACCAUACCCGACCUUUGUUGUCUUUCAGUUUUGGGCAGACUGCUGUUUUCCUGUUGGGCGGGACUAAGAGGGAAGACCGGCCCACAGCCAUGUUCAUGAACAGCGGUGAUGUAAUGGUGAUGUCAGGACCCAGUCGCCUACUGUAUCACGCCGUACCCUGCAUCGUCCCCACCCCCGCUGGAGACGUGCUGCCACCCUGCCUGAGCCAGAGACUAGAGACGGGGGACUAUGACAUCAUCCAAAGCGUGUCAGAAGAGGAUUGGAACGUUUGCUCCUGGUACUUGCAGACGUCUCGGGUAAAUGUGACCGUUCGACAAGUACUUGCUUCUGGUCAGACCUUUCCAAGUUCACAGGUGUCACAUUUGUCAAUGGACAGCUGUGAGAAAUCAGAGGAAGGAACUCAAAAAAAUAAGAAGAGGAAAAGCGAAUCAGGCUAUGAGCGUGACACCUAACGUGCCUGUUUUGAAUGUCAUCCAAGUUUUAUUUAUGUAACAUGCACCCGGUAUUAAAAAUUGUACAUAUAAUUACAAAUAAAUGCAUUAUUGUGAUCA